UUGUGCUCGUGCUAGUCUUCAGAAAGAACUCGAGGGAAAGAAGAUGGUAUUGCCCGCGCAGAGCGCCGCUGUCCUCGCUGCGGCCGUUGCCAUAGCCGCCGCCGCCGCCGCCGCCUUCCUCCUCCCACCGUCUUCCCGCCUCUCAUGGGCGCAGCGGGGCCGCUUCGCCGACAUGAUCCUGGCCAACGCCACCAUCUACACCGCCGAUCCCGCCCGCCCCUUCGCCGGCGCCAUGGCCAUCCGUGCCGGCCGCGUGCUCCGCGUCGGGGCCUACGAAUCCGUCAAGGAGCUCAAGGGUCGCCACACGCACGAGUUGAAUCUCAGCGGGAACGUCGUGCUGCCGGGGUUCAUCGACUCCCAUGUGCACUUCAUCGAUGGCGGCCUGCAGUUAGCGAGGGUGCCACUUCGAGGGGUCACAAGCAAAGAUGACUUCAUAAGCAGAGUCAAGGAAGCUACCAGAGAUAAGCAUCCUGGACAGUGGAUUUUAGGAGGAGGUUGGAACAAUGAUUUUUGGGGAGGUGAUUUUCCGGAUGCUUCUUGGCUAGACGAUAUAUCACCAGAUAAUCCAGUCUGGCUCUCACGCAUGGAUGGUCAUAUGGGCAUAGCCAACUCAUUAGCUAUGAAGAUUGCUGGGAUUAACAGGAGCACAAAUGAUCCAAUCGGUGGAACUAUCAUGAGAACAGCAGAAGGAGAGCCUACUGGUCUUCUAGUGGAUACUGCUAUGGUGCUUAUGUUUGAUGUUAUUGAAAAAGUUUCUCCCCAUGAAAGAAGGGAGGCGCUUCUUAGAGCAAGUAGGCAUGCCCUAAUGAGGGGGGUGACUACUGUUGUUGAUGUUGGAAGUUACUUCCCUGGAGUCUCAGCUGAGAAAACAUGGCAAGAUUUUUCAGAUGUCUAUGAGUGGGCUCACACUAUGCAAAAAAUGCUGAUCAGAGUAUGCUUAUUCUUCCCAAUGCCCACAUGGGAUCGUGUUUCUAAUCUUAUCGGUGAAAAUGGUCGAUCGCUUAGUCAAUGGAUCUAUCUAGGUGGUGUUAAAGCUUUUCUUGAUGGUUCUCUGGGUUCUUCAAGUGCAUUGUUCCAUGAGCCUUAUGAGGGUGAUCCUGGCAAUUAUGGUCUUCAAGUGACAGAUAUGGAUAGUCUUCUAAAUAGAACUUUAGAAUCUGACAAAUCUGGACUUCAGGUUGCAAUACAUGCAAUUGGGGAUAAGGCUAACGACAUGCUGCUGGAUAUGGUCGACAAGGUUGUUGAUUUGAAUGGAGUGAAGGACCGUAGAUUUCGGAUUGAGCAUGCUCAACAUCUUGCUCCAGGUGCAGCAAACCGCUUUGGCAAGCAAGGUAUCAUUGCAUCAGUGCAGCCAGACCAUCUAUUAGAUGAUGCCGACUCUGCCGCAAAGAAGAUUGGGUUUGACCGCGCCGAGCGAAGUUCCUAUACAUUUCGGUCACUGUUAACUGGUGGCGCGCAGCUAGCUUUUGGUUCUGACUGGCCUGUACGUAAUUCUGCAGACAUCUCAGUAACUGAAAUAUGUUUUUUCAAUUACCAGAUAUAUUCAUUUACCAGGUACAUUGUUCCUGUUUUGCAGGUUUCAGAUAUCAACCCCAUGCAAGCGAUUCAAACCGCAAUCUCCCGUAAGCCUCCUGGAUGGGAGGUCCCCUGGAUCCCUGCAGAGCGUUUGUCGCUCGAUGAAUCGCUGAAAGCGCAUACGAUAUCUGCUGCCUACGCCUGCUUCCUGGACCACGCCGUGGGCAGCCUCUCUCAAGGGAAAUACGCCGAUUUUGUGGUCCUGCCUUCCACUUCGUGGGACGACUUCGCCGGCGAUCUGCCGGCGCACGUCCUGGCCACGUAUGUGAGCGGCAAGCUGGCCUACCCGUGAAGCAUGCCCAGAUCGAGUGGCGCUCGAAAGAAUCUUAUGAGAAGUUCUUCAGAUGCACCUAUGCGUUGCGUAAUCACCACCAUUCUUAAUAGAAUUUGUAGAAUCACCAUUGUUUGACAAUGCAGUAUAUGGAGUGUUUUCUGUUCUUUGCCCAAUCUUGUCCCUGUUUUUUUUUUCUUCUUUUUUGAAAUGUUGUUGGUAGGCUCAACUUGAACCAGCAACUUUUGUUGCGACCUGGCCUAAAUAGAAGAGCUAGUGGCAAGAGUAA